AUUCAGCUUACUAGUUGAGUGGGCCUUGUUCUGGGCUCUGGUAAUAAUCAAAGAUGUGUAGCACCUUGGUUAUGCGAGUUGAUGAGGGGUGAUGUGACGGUGUUGUUACUGGUAGCCAGUCAUAGGUAGGGGAGUAGAAGAGCGGGUUUUCCGGUGCUCGGGAAUAUUUAUUGGGUACCCAAGAUCUUGGUACGUAUACGGGCUAGUAGAUAUGGUUCCGUGGUGGUUCGGUAGAGAGGUCGUCACGUGUAGCAGUUUCCCCGGAUUUCUGCGAGCGGGUCCGGGGAACUUCACCGCCCCUCACCUCACCUCAACUUCGAAUCUUUCACGAAGCCCACGCAAUGAUGCCAACAGACAGUGUAUGCACCGGUUGCGAUGUCAAAUGCUUGUUGGUAUUGCUUGUGGUUGGUAUAGUAUUUACUGGAUUCAUAACGCUGCGCGUGUGUUGCUCACAAUACCACCUGCGCGGGCGCCACGCGAGGAUAUAUGGGCGUCGAGGCGGGCGCAAAUUCAUUUGCUACGAGUUUGGGGGAAUUAGUGGUGCAACGCAGUAAAGAGCAAGGGAUUCGUGGAGCA